AAUUUAGAAUUAUUUGAAGAAAUUAGAGAAUUAUGCAAAGAAAUCAGAAUAUUAUAUGAAGAAAUCAACCAAUUAAAGAAAAGAAAUGAAUCACUUUCUUGUGUAAUUAUUAUAGAUGAUUGA